GAUCCACAUGGAGAAAACAGAGGAGCGGUGGUGGGACAGACUACUGACCAGUGAGGACUCGAUAGAUUUAAAAACAAUUAAUGCAGAGAGGGACUUUGCUACACUACCUGAGGAAGACCAGCAGAGGAUACAAGAGCUGGUUUGGAACAAGAGGCAACAGGAACUUGGUAAACCUACAUCAGAUCAGACAAGAAUGGAGUCAGUGUUGCGAGAAGCAUGGAAUGCUGAGGGUUCUCCAUUCUUGGGCCAGCCUUAUGAUCCUUCUGUGAUAAAUUUCGCAUCUAAUCUAGAUUUUAAUCGGUAGGACUGGCAGUGCCGUUCAGAAUUUCUUAAACAUUUUAUCUGAUUUUUUUUUUUUAUAUAAAGGAAUUCAGAAAUAGAUUUCCUUAGAACAGUAACUUAUGAGUAGUUAUAUGUCAGUGUAUUCAGUCUGGAAUUUUAAAUAAAUUAUUAAAUAUA